ACCGGCGGCGGCGGCGGCAGCAGCAGCAGCAGCAUCAAAGAGCCCUGAUUCCUGCCGCCCUGGGAGCCAUGCGCUGCUGUCUGUAAUGUCAGCGGAACAGGAGAAGGACCCCAUCGCGCUGAAGAGAUCCCGAGGUGGUGACAGUGGAUUGGAUGGGUUAGGAGGACCAGGAGUACAACUUGGAAGCCCUGAUAAGAAAAAGCGCAAAGCAAAUACACAGGGAUCAUCAUUUCCUCCUCCAUCUGAAUAUGCUCCACCGCUGAAUCCAAGCUCUGACCACCUUGUAGCUGCAAAUCCAUUUGAUGACAACUAUAAUACUGUGUCUUAUAAACCACUUCCUUCAGGAAAUCCAUAUUUUAGUAAUCCUGGUUAUCCUGGCUUUGGAGGCUAUAACACUUUCAGAAUGCCACCUCACAUGCUGCCCAGAGUGUCCUCGCCAUAUGGUGGUUCUUACUCCCUCAGAAACCAACCACAUCCCCUUCCUCAAAACCCUGUGGGAAUGGGUUUUAGCCGACCCCACUCUUUCAGCUUUGGUCCACAUGAUAACCCAGGUUUUGGGAAUCAACCACCUUAUAGUAGUGGUCAGAUAAAUCAAAAUGUCAAUAUGCCUGGUCAGCAUUUCAGACCAAAUCCUGGUGAGAACUUUGGUCAUUCUGGUCAGAUACCUCACCCUGACAUGCCAUCUAACUUUGGUCCUGGAAACAAUCCAAAUUUUCCAAAUUCUCAGCUAGAGUCAAACCAUUCUUUUGUUCCUCCACCAAACACGUACAACCAGACAAAAUCGUCAGCUCAAAAGCAAGACUUUAGUCAAGGUGCAAGCAAGGCGUCCAGCCAGAACACUGCUGCUCAUCAGCAUCAUCACAGGACAGAGGACAUUGUAAGUCAAGGUAACAGUGACCUAAAAAAUGUUACUCGAAACAAUGUGGUAAAUCAGGAUAAUAGCCAUUCUAAUAAUGCUGAUAACACUAAUGCUGGCCAUUCAAAUGGGACUCAGAGUAAGUCCCGCCAGCCUCGAGGUACUGCUGAAGGAUGCAGCUCUGAAAAGAGCAGCAAAACACCCCUUCAUCCCAGUCGUCAUGGUCACUCGUCCUCUGAACCCGUCUAUCCAUGUGGGAUUUGUACACAUGAAGUUAAUGAUGACCAGGAUGCCAUCCUGUGUGAAGCCUCUUGUCAAAAAUGGUUUCAUCGCAUCUGUACAGGCAUGACCGAGUCAGCUUAUGGCCUUCUUACAGCAGAAGCAUCAGCAGUAUGGGGUUGUGAUACUUGCAUGGCUGACAAAGAUGUCCAGUUAAUGCGUACGAGAGAGACCGCAGGACCACCUACAUUGAAUACAGAUGGCUAACAAUGUGAAUUGGUGGUAGUGGUUGAAAUACUUGCUACGAAGAUUUGGUUACAAAUUGCGUACUUUGCUUUCUGCAGACAAUCGGUUGUGUUUGAUUGCUGUCAUCUUUUUUUCCCUAGUCUGUUUUCAUUCAUAAACUUCCAUCUCAGCUUUUGUACUCUUUGUUUUAUGCGUGCAAAUGUUUUACAGGAUGGAAUGUUUUUUUGUUUCUGAUUAAACUGUAAAACAUAACUGACAAUUGAUCAGAAGUAGGAUGUGCAUUGACAAUUUUACUGAAGGCAAAAAUGUGCCUGUAUGAAUACCCCCUAAUUUGCUGGUGUUAAUGUGUUAACUAACACUAGCAUUUAGUGCUUGGUUUUAAUGGUACUAUAUUUGCAAGUACUCAUUACAUUUUUUUGGGUGGGGUGUGUGUGUGAAUGUCCAUUACUAAUGUUCUUGCUAUCCUUUCUUUGAAUAUAGUGGAGAUGACACGGAAGAAUGUGCAGUACUGAUAGUUUUUAUUUUAGGGAAAAUACAGAGAAUUUCAUAUGUGCUUUUUCCUAUUUUUGAAGUAAAGCAUUAACAUACUAUUAAAAAAUUGAUGACUUCAUGCUUAGUAACACAAUGAAACCUGCUAACUCUUACGCAUUUAUAUUUCCUUGAAAAGACAAUGAUCUCUUUUGACUUCUCAGCAAAUACUUACUUGCUGAAGACUCUUGCUAGGUCUUGCAGUAUUUGGAAAUAGUUACAAAAUAUGAUUACUUUGGAAAAAGAACACAUCAAGUUUAUGAAGUCCAGUGCUUUAAAUCCAGAGAAUACCAAAACUAGGGUUGCAUAAGUAACUAUUUAUCUGAAGCACAUGCAUUAGGAUACAGUCUCUGCAUCUGUCACAGUUGUGCAAUCAUGCACCUCUCUCUCAUCCUUUCUCAUUGAUGGUUCUAGCCUCCCACCUCUGUGCUGCCUGAAAAUUGUGAAUGAACUAGUGCAGGGAAAGUCCUGCCCAUCUUCUUGGGCUUUCAGCUAGAGCCUGCUCGGUCAUCCUGAGCUUACACAGUCCACUUGGCAUGAAGGAGGGUGCAAAGCAAUAGAGUGUGCUCAGCACAGGCUCCAAAUUGCAAGAUAAUUUGGCCAGCAAAGUCUUAAAACUGAAUUCCCACCACUGCCUCAGCCAGUCCUGCAGUGAGGGGGUGGGAAGUCCAGGGUGAAGAAAAAUACAGCUUUCACAUCAGUUGAGUUUAGCUUACAUCAGGAGCAAGUAAUAGGAAGUUUAGCUUCUUUGCUAAACUUGAUAUCCUACUGACAAGUAUGAAUGGCACCAGAGCUUCAAGUGCGAUGCUAAGAAUUCUAUUUUAAUAUGGGUAAUUUGAUCUUAUUCUUGAUCUCAAAAAUACCCCCCUCUUCUUUUUUUUUUUUUUUUUGUUUGCUCUAUUGUGGGGAAACAUCUAGCCUUGAAGACUUCAGCCUUAGCAGUGUGAUAAAGUUGCAUAUGCAACUAAAAAUGAGUUUUUCUGUAGAGAGAAGUGUUGUUUUAACUUAAUAAAAGGUGGCGCUGUAAUAACAGACUCUGCUUGUAAUACCACUGUGCUGGAAACUUCUAGUUUUUAAACAGCAAUUAAAUCGUAUGUCAAGCAUUACAGGUACUAGUCAUGUUCCUUAAUGUGAUAAAUUGUUCAGGUCUGUGGUGAUGAAUGAUGUAGGAGCCUAUACAGAAUACAGUUGUCUGUAUGAAGAGGUAGUUCUUAUGGUAAGCUAUGCUAAUGAGUGAAAAGUAAGGUCUGUUUGCUAGUUCACCAUUGUGUUUGAUUUUAAAUGGGCUCUACUGUGGUACUUUCCUGGAAGAUACUGUGCAGAUCAACAUAACUGUCCUUGUUUUAUUUUAAAAGUGACAAGUUUUACGUACUGUUUUACUGGAGAAGUGCAGUAUUGCCCUCCUUUUUUGUCUUGCCUCUCAUUGGGAAGAAGGAAAUAAUUAGUCUAAAGGGUAAAUGACACAAUUCAUAUCUUGAGGAUUUCCUAUAUGGAGAUGUAAAGAAAGUGUAAUGCAGAUCCAGAGCUGCUGUUUUCAUCACUAUUUGCUUUAUUUAGUACAACUUAAUCUUGUUUUGUUAGAGGUGUGAUAUUUAAAAACAAACAACAAAAAACCAAUGAAGCAACAACCUCUGUUAGAGAGAUUUAUUCUUCAGUAGUUUUCCGAAUGACUGACUGACUGUUAGAAUUUGCUUUUGGUAUCUAAAGUAGAAAUUAAACCAAACCUUGUUUAGAUUGAUCUGUUCCUCUGGGAAUCAGUUUUAUCUCUGCAACAAUUUGCAUUGUGAAGGUAGUGGAGCUGAUUUAGACCUACAGCAAUGUAAAUGAAAUAAAAAAUUUUGCUCAGUGAAAAUUCAGCAAAAGCUCCAAUGAUGAUAUUGUUACCCAAGCAUGCUGUUUACUAUACCUUUCCCACUCCCAUACCCUGUUCCUGUUGUGAGAAGAUGUUUGGGCCAUUUGUUCUCAGAAGUCCAAUCAAUGUUUUAACAUUUUGGAGCCGACAUAGUAUUUAAAAUAGCCAUGUAUUUCUUAAUCUCUUCCUCAACCCUACCUGAAGUUAGGCAAGUGUUUUCUGUAUUAGCUAGCAAGACAUAAGAAUUUAAAUAUAGUGUUCUUACAAACUUAAAAUCAACUGGAAUAUCAUUUUAUAAGACCUUAAAUUGUGUAUUUGUGAAACUAACAAUUUAUUUCAGUUUUUCUAAACUGGUACUAUGUUAGGUUUGUAACCCAGUAAACUUUCUGUGUCUGUUAACCUACAAAUUCAAGGCAUUAGCAAAUGCCAGUUAUAUCAAAUAAAAACAAAUUAACAACAAAACCAAACUUGUUAUCACACUGAUCAUAGAGAUAUGACUGAUUAGGAUCUCCAAAAGUCAUCCAGCCAAUAUGCUUGCCCUACUGAUACACUCUUGGCAUAUCUGGACUCUUUUAUCUAUAGAGAGGGUUUUACUUUGUUUUUCUCUGCAUGUAUUGACUAGUAGUAGUUCAAGUAUGCACAGGAAAAACAACAAUCAUGUUUUGUUAGUAAGGUACUAGGAAAACAUCAGCUGGUUAGAAUUAGAAAUUAGUUAUAGAAGGGCGGGUGGGAGGGAGGGUUGAUUAGAAUAGGUGAGUUUUUUUGUAGUACUCUACAAGAAACAAUUUGUAUUCAACUAUCAUGUGCUUCUUUCGUUACUAGUGAUUUAGACUGUACUGGUGCUGCACACCAAAAAUAUUGCAAAGUUUUUGUAAAUCUUACAAACCUUAACAUUUUUGUGGGAAAUGCCUGUGUCCUUUUUAAAUAGCUCCUUGUCAUGGUCAGAAAUGCAGCCUAUAUUGCCCAAAAUGUUCUCCCACCGCCAGCCCCCGGCUGAAAGAAACAGAUAUAAACUGGAUUGAACUGUUCUUAAUACUUAGGUGGUUGUUUUUUUUUUUUUUGCCCGAGACCAGUUUUAAAUGAGAAAAUAUGUAAUUUGCUCUUUAAAAUACUUCUUUUAUUGGUGUCACGGUAAGUGACAGUGCUGCUUAUAGGCUAGAGGGUAGAUAUAAAAAAUCCUGUUUCUGGCUGUUUUACUGAUCCCUUCUACAACUUGAGACAAGCAAGGUUAACUGUUUGUGCCUCAAUCUCUUCUUUCAGAAGAUGGGACUAAUGCUUACUUCCUGAGGGUGUUUAGAGGCCUAGUUAUUAUUUGAGAUCUUCAGAUGAAAGAGACUAGAGAAAAGUAAUAAAAUUUUCUGCAUUUAAAACAAAAAUAUAAUGUGGGGGGCUGUUCAAAGAAGAACAUACUUUGUGACCUCUGAAGUUUUUCAUCUGAGAACCAGUUUUGUAAUCACAUUUUUCAGGCUUAACUUCAAGCAUGUAAGAAUUAACGAAGUCAGUGGAACUGCAUGCACACAGUCAAGAACAUUUCAAAGUGUUUGCAGUUUGGGGCCUAUGCUGUUUGCAAGUGAAAUGCUUUUUAUGGUUUGAGAUUUUUACAAAAUCAAUGGUGUUAAAAUGUAGCACCUUUUUAAUAUUUGUCUUUAUUCCAACUUAAUACAGUAACACAGCUGCAUUAAAUAUAUCACUUUCAUUUUAUAAAUAAACAUUGCCUGGCAGUAGAAGUAUUGGUGUAACAUUUUUAAAAAAGGAAGUCAUGCUUCUUAUCAUGUUGUAUGUGACUUAAAUGACUGUUUCAUAUUAAAACUAAUCUUUCCUUAUGUACUGCUUAAAUAUACCUGUUUUGGGAUAUCAGUUCAGUACUUUUUAUACAAUCUUGAAUGUGUUCCACAUUGGUGACAUGUAUUUUUGCAACAACUUUUUUGUUUUGAUUUUAAAUUAGAGCAUGUCUGAAGUAAUACAUGCAUUAGUGCUGUGGUGUGUGGCAAAGUUAAUGUAUGUAAUUCAAAUUGGAAAAAAGUUUCCAGACUUUGUCCAACAUUAACCCUGUGGCCAGGGAUUAAAUUACUAUGUAAUACAGAUUAUUUCAUAUCAUGAUGUGUUUUAAGCUACUCUAUGAAGUAUGUGAAACAUUAUUGUUUAUGGAUUGGUAGCUGGCGUGGUAUCUUGCAUUAGAACGAGGUAUGAGAGAUGGUAGCAAUUCAUGGUAAUUAAAACUGACUACUUUUCAAAACACGCAGCACUUACGUGCAUUGUCAUCUUGUUGCCAUAACUGUUAGUAUGAAUUUCUUAAUAUUAUCCACUGACAAAUGGGUGAACAUUUGGUAAUAAGCUCAUGGGUGUGAAAAUUCUAUUCUAACACUCUACUUGGUUUACAAAACAUGUAAUUUUUGUAUCUAUUGGAUGUGAUUAGAUAUAUGCAGGAGGAUGUAGAACUGGAUGUAUUUUAAAGUUAUUCUGCAAUUACUAAGUUUUGUCUGAAGCUUUCUAUAUUAGAAUAGAUUCUUCCUUAAAAUUGGAAAAUAAAGUGUACUUAGCAGAACUCUUAAGGCAAUAUAACUAUCCUACACUACAUCUUGAGUUAUGCACAUUCACUUGUUUGUAUGGAACUCCUCUGAUUUCUUGUUGGCUUAUGCUUUAUAUGGAAAUAAAGGGUCCCUUUAGUGCCCUAGUGUUGUGUGUCAUCAGUUCUGAGUUAAUUAAUUCUGAAUGGUGUUCAGCCCCUUGGAGGUGCUGCCUAUAGCUUAAAGUAUUCAAUGUUGCCCUCAGUUUCCUGGUUCAGAAAUGGCUUAUCCCAACAUCACAGGGAAUUACCUAUUUUUGUAUUGUUUGCCGUACAUGAUUAAUUUUCCUCUUCAUGUUCACACUGUCUGUCUCAAAAUAAUUUUUGAUCCAACCCCACCUUUUUACGCAGAGGUUUGUGCACUGUAAUUCAGGAAUUGCUGUAUUGGAGACAGUUUGGGAUUGGAGUCAUGAGAGAUGUUGUAUCUAUUCCUAGACACUCAUCUUCUAAAGGAUGGUCUAAAUCUGAACUUCCAUAUAACUUAUGGAGGGCAAGCUUUUAAUAUAUUUCUUCUUUUUUUUUUUUUUUUUGGUCUUCCUUGAUAUUUUUUUCUGAAAUGUGAAAUAAUAUGCGGUUAUUGAGGGAUUUUUACUUAAAAGACAGUCUGUCCUCCAAGCUUUUGUAUAUGGCCUUUAGAGCAGACAGUGUUCUUUAGGGCCUUGUGACUUGGAAUUUUUUUGUCCACAUUCUCCUUUCAGUGUUAAAGAUGAGUUGAAAAAGGCAAGUUACCAAUCUACUGCCAUCCAAACAGUGCAAAUAUAAGCUGAUUAAGAUUGUUGACAUUUAUUUUUUUUGUUAAUAAUGAUGUGAUAUUUUACCUUUUAGAAGAACAUAUAUCAGAAUCCAAUUCAAGUGUUCUUGGAAAAUGUAUAUGGUAGAUUUUGUCCAGCACUGUAUGUAAUUUUGUUGCUUUCUGUUGUCUGGUUUCAGUUUCUUUUAAAAUAAAGAUAAUUUUUGCGGGGAA